AUGAAUGCAUACUGGUACCGAUCCAGUUUAUCAAGCCAUGAAGUCAUGAGGAGGAUUUCCUUAUCAGUGCCGAUUACCGUCCAUGACGGCUCCACGGAGCUGUUCGAUCAAAGACAGGCUGAAACAAACCUUCCCUGUCUGAGUCUCUUUGAAAGGGAAGUGGUGGCACCCGCCAUCAGCCUGACUGACCGCUUGCACUUGCACUUGCACUUGCACUUGCACUUGCACUUGACCCUCGAGUCACCGGGUGUGCGUCACAGACCACUUGGUUUCCGUACGGUACAGUACAACAGUUCGCCCUCUCAUUAUCCAUCCAUUGCUCCUCCGCAGCCCAGGUUCCGUCUGGCUCUCCCUCCCUCUCCUAGACCUUCUCUACACUGUGAAGCAGGAUGGAUUCUUGAAUGCUUCAUCUCCCUCAACAACUACCAUACCAAAGCCGCUCUGAUAAUCCUUCAUUCCCGCGUUGAGCUCCCUCCAUCCUUCAACAAAGGCUCCGAUACUCCUAGGGUUAACCGCUGGUUCAACGUUGAGCUAGAAGAUACUGACGUGCUGCGAGAACAACUACGAACCUGGAGAACAUGUGAUGCGAGUGAGAACCGGCCUCCGCCGCUGAUUAUCGAGACAUACCUAGACACUAAAGGGCUCACCAACAACCAAAGCCUCGUUGCCUUGGAUGAACAUGGGAAACGAUUUGAUGUUUUGGAGUCUCUGUCCUCGUCUCCAGAAAGGCGAUCUACCGCACCCCUCUCGGCUGGGUCUGACGAUGUGAUUCUGGAGCGGUGGAAGGUGGAACUCGGAGGCAUGUCUGAUAAACUACCGACGGAUCUUGGUUCUAUUCUGCCUACGAUCUACAAAAAGAGCAUCGUCCUGUUCAGGUCCUUGUUCACAUAUUCUAAAUUCUUGCCUGCCUGGAAGUUUGCGAAACGCACCGGCAGACUUCGAGCACACCCGGCCUUGCGGAUCAAAUACCGUAUUUCGGCGGGGAAUCCCGGUGCAGGGAGCUCGAAGCCAGAUCGGUUGACGAUGCCACUGUUUGAAAGCAGCGAUAAAGUUGUGGAGACGUACACCUUUGGGGUGACGGAUUCACCUGCUGGUCCAUUCUCUGUCGAGGUCACAUAUCGAACGAGCUGCGAAUUCCGUGUAGAUGAUUCUGAAGCCCUUCUUAGUUCGCGUUUCAUGGGUGCCGAUGAUGAAGGCUUUCGUCCCUCACUUCCAAGUCGAGAUUCGCAUAUGAAAGUCGCCAAUCCGGAAGUAGGGUCGGUACCCCUUGAGAAACGGACUGUCGAAGAUCCAGACUUUGGGCGUGCCUAUGGCAGCCUCUCGACCUUCCAUAAUGUCGGGCCUACCACUAGCGCCAGUCCUAUAUCAGCCCUACGUGCUGCACAGCAGGCUGGCGCCACGUCUCCCUCACCACCCGCAUCAUCGUCUCGGAAGCCUCUUUCUAUGAACAAAGCAAGUCCUAUAGGCCGUGCGGCUGUUCUCGCCAAUGAAGGUAGCCCGGGCGUCGUUAGGCGGCCUUCCAUCUCUUUCCAGCCUUUCAAAGCUCCGCCAUUGUCUGCCUCUCCCUCACUUGUUGAUUCUCCGCUUGUGGCUUCUCCGCGGUCGACAGCGGCGCCUCGUAUACCUAUUUCUGAAGCCAAACCCGUGCCUUCCCCGUCUACAACAAGCUCUACCCGGAAGUCAUUGCCUGGCACCUCCGAGCAGACUGUUGCUCCUUCGAGCUCUGCAUCGCCGCGGCCUGCUUCUAUCGCAAGAUAUAGUAGCGCUUUCUCGCACCGUCGUGCAAGGCCUUCUUCCGGUAACAUCACCAGGCCUGAAGAUGAUACCUCAAGCGGGAGAGCUAGUGCCACCUCAUCAAGCGCUCAACCUGGCUCUGGUUUACUUGCGGAAGCAACCGGGACAAGUGCUGAUUCACUCCACGCUGACGAUGAGAAUAUUUCGGACUUUCUAAAGUCGCUGGAUAUGCACAAAGAUUUGCUGAGCAACUCGAAGUCGACUGCUCGUGACGAUCAAGGACGCCGAACAACGGCCCCAUCUGCUGCGUUGAGUCGCUUUCAACGCAUGAAGGACUCCAAUGCUGCUCUAUCGGAUUCCAUUACCUCCUCAUUGAUGCUUCAUCGCUCGUCCAUCUCAUCAAGCAGGCAGUUGUCUAGUGUUCCGCCAAUGGUGGCUGGCACUUCAAUUUCUACGGCUUCCUCACCGGGAAAGCCUAUUUCCCCCCACACCCCCCACACCCCGGCUAUACCUUCGCGCUUGAGCUCGAACAGUAUUGUUGACUAUAAUGAUCCUGGGAACAACGAUCGACGAGAGUCACAUGUCGACCACAGCUCGCCCCUCGAUGAGAACGUCAGUGAAGGAACGGCCAUGGUUAACCCAUCGAACGUAAAUGCGAUCGAUAUUCCUACGUCACCCACGUCACUCUUUCCACCCACGUAUCGUCGGCCAAGCUCUGCUGCUCACCGUCGACGGACAAUUACGACAGAUGACGAGGAAAUUUUCCCCUUCAACCUUCGCAGCAUAAGUUUGGGAGCUGAGGACAGGUCCAACAGCAGCCUCAGUGCCAUGCAACGUCAGCAUGAUUACGAAAGCGAUAAGGCCAGUUCGAAUCAGACGCAUAGAGUGCAGCAGGCCCCGCCCGGCACUGAGGAUCCAUCCUUGGCACCUAGCACUGCAACACGCACGAUGGGUACCCAUCGAGGUGCAGCCGCGUCGGGGCCGUCAGCAGUCACGUCGGGUCACCAUGUGUAUCAGCCGCGUUUUAGCCUUUCUCGUGGACGAGGCCUCUCCGGCCCUCAGUCUCUCAGCUCCGGGUCAGGUAGCCUUGCACGUGGCUCAACGAUUCCUUCAUAUCUCACCGAACGCGAUCACGAUCGUGACGGCAACGCCAGUGGGAGCAACAGCGGUACCUCAAUGAUUGAGGGCCGACGACCCAGCACCGGCCGCAACAAUCCUCCGCAAUCGCAAGUUGAGGAGGAAGAACCGUUGCUGUUUGCGAUGAGUGAUUUCGGGGCCUCUCGCCGAAGCUUUGAGGAAGGCAGGCAAGGCAAUCAUAGCGCUGACCCCACUGGUAAUUCCGGCGGAUCGAGACGAGGCGGCGGCAGGCGAGGCGGCGGUCUUUCUGGCUUCCCUGUCUGGCCAUGA